GGAAGAUACAUGCGUUAUUGGGAAGAAUACAGCAAUUAAAAGACUAUGAGAUUCCUGUAGAUGUUCCGGAAAAUAUUGAAUGUUGGUUAAAAAGCCUUGUUUUGUUGGAAUACAAGGACAAUUUCAUUCGCAAUAACAUAUCAACGCAACAGGAAAUGGAAGUUCUUAAAGAUCUCAAGAUUAAAGAGAUUCGUACUGACCUUGGCAUUACAAAAAAAGGUCACAUCAAGAGACUGCUAAAGGGAAUAAACCAACUACGGAAACCAACGAUUGCGGAACAGAAGCGUGCGGCCAUUCAAAGACUGAUUAUAAACCAAGAAACAUCAAAGCUUGAAGAUGUGAAUGUUGAUGUAUAUGCCUUUUGGGAAUAUCUCCGAAAGAAAUGCCUCCAACCACAGUCAGCUGUAUUUGAAUCAGACGAGCAUUUGAAAGUUAAGCUUCGCCAUUUAAGGAACAGAUGGCUGGCAAUUUUUGCAAUGAUUAAUAUACUUUGGCUGAUCCUGAUUUCGUCUUUAGCUGAUAAAGGAAAACUACUCGGUGUGUUCGGGAGUAACCCAGUCGGUUUUGUUGUGAUAGUGCUAUUCAGCUUCAUACUUCUCCUCCAGUUCUUGGCAAUGAUAGUACAUCGUAUUUCAACAUUGAUGCACUUCUUGGGGAGGACGCCCUACAAAUGUAACAGCGCAUAUAACAGCAGUUGGAUGUUCGAUUUCAGUGACUUGCACACAUUAGACGAGACCGAACGUAAGCAAUUCCAUGAAUAUAGUGGGAAGGCAGAGGAAAGGAUUUUCAGAAAGUGGCGUACCAAAGAUAAAGCAGAUUCAAUUGUUGACGAAACUACACCAUUGGUUUCAAAUGAGCAUAGAUGAAAGCAAAUGUCGGCGUGUAACAUUCAAGACAAUGAUAAUCUGAGCUCAAUGACGAAUGCAUCUAAAUUCACUUGAUAUUUUUUAUGUUUUCCGGAAAUAUGUCGAUGAGAGGAACAUACAGUUGCCGCCUUGUCUUUCCGUCAGACAGUCCCGAAAUCUUUGUCCAGAUUACACCUCCUAUAGUUUUCAAGGCAUCUGGCCAAAAAUUACAAAAAUGUAUUGCUAACAAGUGAACUUAUCAUUAGGACAUAACCCUGCUAAACUGCUAUUAUUCGUGCUGUAUUUUACCAUGCAGAUAACUCUUGUAACAUAGGGACCUAACACAGAUACAAGAAAUGCAUUGCUAUUACAUAUAAUAUUGUCAGGAGAUAAAUUCACUACCGUACACACCAUUAUAACCACCCCCAACAAUACACGCAAAACCCUCGUUUUUGUUAAAAAUUGACAAUAAUUAUAUUCCAUACUGCCAGUGUUACGAUAUACAUGUAAUA